UUGUAAGUUUCAUUACCAAUUCUAAAUCAAAAUCAAGUGUCAAGAUGAAUUCAAUUCCUAUUGCAUUGAAUAAAGCAGCAAUGCGAAAGUACGAAGACCUCGAAAUACCUUGUGAAACUAUUCUUGUUGCUUAUGUUUGGGUCGACGGCACUGGAAUUAAUUUACGCUCAAAGGAUAGGACUUUCGAUUUCGUGCCCAAAACAAACAAAGACUUACCCAUUUGGUACUUUGACGGGAGCAAUACGUUCCAAGCCAGCUCAGACAACUCUGACACGUACAUCUUCCCAGAAGUGAUAUAUCACGAUCCGUUUCGACGCGGAAGCCAUUUACUGGUUUUGGCAGACACUUAUCAGUACAAUUACCAGCCAACCGCUUCCAAUCAUCGAAAGAAUUGCACGUUAGUAUGUGAAAAGGGUGAAGUAGAAGAGCCAUGGUUUGGUUUCAACCAGGAGUUUUUCUUAACGACAACAGAUAACAGACCACUGGGCUGGCCACCGGGAGGCUUUCCUGCCCCACCUGGUCCGUACUAUUGCGCAAUCGGUGCUAACAAAAUAGUUGCUCGGGAUCUAAUGGAGUCCUUCUGUAGGUGUUGUCUGUAUGCGGGCGUGCGAAUAAACGGCAUUAACCCUGGAACCACUCCUUCUCAAUGGAAUUUUCAGGUUGGACCAAGUCCAGGGAUCAAAGCGGCUGAUGAUUUAUGGAUGGCUCGUUAUAUCCUCAGUCGGCUUGCUGAGGAGUACGGAACUGUUGCUUCAUUUGAACCACAACCGAUACCCGACUGGCCUGGUAAUGGUACAUUUGUGUACUUUUCUACCAAGGAUAUGAGAGAAGAGGACGGAAUUUUAGUUAUAGAAAGAGCGAUAGACAAGUUGUCACGACGUCACGGCAUUCACAUCAAUGAAUACGACGCAAAUAACGGCGCUGACAACGCUAAACGACUCACCGGCAAGAAUGGAAUGCCACACAUACGCGACUUCACUGCGGGUGUUGCAAACCGAUGUUGCUCUGUACGAAUCCCACGGCAAGUGUCGGAAGACAAACGUGGAUAUUUGGAAGACCGCCGACCCGCUGCUAAUGCUGAUCCAUACCGUUUGAUUUCUAUUAUACUUAGGACAUGUAUAUUCGACGAAUAGAAAAAAAUGAUUUUUGAAAUCUAAGGAA